UCACCUAUUCUAAAACGCUAUAGAGCGUAUAUUCUAAAAUUUAGAACAGCGCUCGAUAGCGUCACUGAGUUGCAACCUGAGCAACCCACAACGGGCAUUUGCCCGCGAAGACAACAUCAACAUGGCGCCCAAGCGAACUCGAAGUGGUAGUGUGAAUAAACCAAAACGUUUUAAACCCGUUAAACUGCGCGUGCUUUCAGUUUCCACAAGUGGAAGCAAACGUGCCGGUAGCAUCUUUCUGAAAACAUCAUCAGACAAUGUUUCAAGUGCUCAUGGUGAUGAGAUAUCUACCAGCAAUUUGCCCUCGCUCUCGAUGGAUACCGAUCAUGAUGAUCAUGGCGAUGAUCGUGAUGAUAAUGGCGAUAUUCUUGGUGACCGUAGUACUUCUGACUUAUCACAACAUCAGUCAAGACGAUUACGGCAAUACAGACAAUGGGAAGAAGUCAGGGAGAAGCUUGUUAAAUCUCGCUACGAACGAAAUGCUUUCACAGCCAACGAUGUACAGUGCUGUGAUUGCACAGCAUUCGCCGAAACUCGUUGCCUCGACUGUGGUCACGAUAUUUAUUAUUGCAGAAACUGUGCAAUUAACAGUCACAACACAAGGAAUCACUUCCAUGUUUUAGAAAUAUUUAAGGAUGGCUGUUUUCUACCAUUCUUUGUUGACCAGAAACCAUUGAGCUUAUGGCAUCAAAGGAAUUGUCCUACAUCUUGUGCCAGAAUUGUUGCAUGCAUUGAUCAACACGGGCGACAGCAUCAGAAGCAAAUCCUUUUUUGUGAAUGUGAAAGUGAUGUCGUGACCCUAUGGAAGAUGCAUUUAUGGCCUAACUCUGCAAAACGCCCUAUUGUAGCUUAUCACAUAAAGCUGAUGGAGUUGGCAGAAGCACUUGUUUUGGAAUGUCAAGUUUCUCUGCAAAAGUUCUGUGACAUGUUGACUGUCCUCAAUAAAUCAACUCUUUUCCCAAAAUGGGUGAAAAAUGUUUACUCUGGUCUCAACAGCGAUUCCUUUGAUGAAUUUAGAUAUCACCAGUAUAUGAUGAGAGAUGGUUCACCAUAUUGGCAAAAAACCCCAGAAAUUUCUAGAAGUAUCUGCCCUCUUUGUCCUAAGGAUGGUAAAUCAGGAAGCAUUGUGGAGUGUAUGGAUGGCUGUUUUGGGCUUGUGCGGAAGAAAUCUGCAGGCACUGAUAUUUACCCAUCCAGACACAAAACAACCAUGUUUGCUGAUCAAAAUGAUGUUGACAAUUUUGUUCAAAGUUACACAGCAAAUGCCAAAGAAUCAAAUGUUGAAUGCAAUGAAUUUAAAGCUGGAGAAGUAACUGACAUGCUCAGGUCAAAAGGGAGAAACAAACUCUAUGAUGAAAAGGGUGUUUUUGGACGUGUUUGCAGACACGAUUUCCCAAAAGGCUUCCUCAACAUUAAACAUGGAGAAAGGAUAGCUUAUUCCGUGUACGAACUACAGCGUCUAUUAGACAAUUAUGAUGGGACAAGUGUUGAUGUAAAGAUUACAUAUGAUAUUGCAUGUACAUUGGAAGCCCAUUUGAAGAAAAAUGAGAGGGAAGACAUUCUUGACAAAGUUGAUUUAGCCAUACCAAUUUUCCACUGCUAUGGACACAAGUCAUCUUGCCAGAUACAGUUCAGCCCAAGGCGACUACAAGGCUAUGGUUUAACUGAUGGUGAAGGAAUCGAAAGGUUGUGGUCAUAUUUAAGAGGUUUCUCUUCAAUGACCAAGGAAAUGAGCCCCGGGCGACGUACAGAUAUGUUGACCGAUGCUUUGCUGCAUUAUUCCUCACGCCAGCUUCGUACAUGUGGAUUUCAACUUGCGAACAAGCUAAAGAAAUGUCCAGUACUUCUUCAAAACGCAUUGUUGCAAUUGGAAGAACUGUUCUCUGCGUUAUCCGUUCCAUAUGAUGGAGAAGUAAUUAAGAAGUGGAUGAAAGAUGAGGAAAAUCUGAUUUUAACGAGAGCCAAAACCAAAUUCACUUUGACGUGGCAGCAGAAGUACGUUCAGAAUCUAAUUCAUUUGAAUCAGCUGAGAUUGAAUGUUGCAUCUAUUGAGGAAGGCGCACAUGACCAACUGGUUGAAGUGGUUAAAAAAAAAAAGAGUGAGAGAAAUUAA